CACGGCUAGGUGGAUCUUUCAAAUCAAAGAUUAGGAUACGAACGGGGAAAUUAACUUCCGUGUUUUUGUUGUUGAGCUUGUGAAGGAAUAUGCCCUCUUGUGCGUCGUGUUCCGAUCCUUGUGGAUCCUGGUCAGCGUGUAGUGUAACCUGUGGAAGUGGGUACCGGGGAAGAAAAAAUCGCAGAGGAUGUCAUGACGAGGAGACAUGCACCCAGCCAAUAUGUCCAGAAACAAGAGUAUUUACGACCAAAGAGAUAUACCAAGGAUCAGUCAGCACUGUAUCUUCAACGACUUUCGACAUAUCAAGUCCAACAGAGCGUCAUAAAAUCGCAGAACCGCCGAAGUCUUCAAAUUCAUUUAAAACAGUGGCGAUAACUGUUCCAAUCGUAUGUGUGAUGUUGCUGAUCCUAAUCGUGGUAACGGUAUAUUUGGUACUGCGACGAAGGAACCGACAGCAGCCUGAUUCGAUUGAACAGGAAAGAAACGACAAGCUUCAAGAAGCCAUAACCCCAGGAACAGGAUAUUAUAAUAUAGAAGGGCAGAGAAAUGACGGUGGUUAUUACAAUGUCUGUUCAAGUGUCACAGAUCACGGUUCCAUGGAAAACAGGAGAGUUGUUACACCAAACAGUUGUAAAAACCCGAACAAAAAGGACAAAGAAAAUGAUCAAGCUGUUCAAAACCCCGAAAAUGUAUCUCAGUAUGAGAAACUACAACAAGCUAUCUACCAGAACAAUGAAACUAAUGAUGAACCAACAAGAGUUUAUACUGAUUUAAUAUUGUCAUAGGUUCAUUAACGUAUUCAACCAUACUUUAUAUUAUUUAUUGCAAUAGACAAUUUCCUUAAAAAUUAAUGUCUUCUUUAAAAAGUAAGAUUCAAUAUUUUGUUUCUGAGAAAAAUAGGUGAGAUCUUUAUCAUAAUUACCUCUUUCAAAUUAUCUAUAUUUAUUGGGGUUUUUCCUGUGUUAUACUGUUUUAUCCAAUAUAUUUAUCAUAAGAGACAAGAGCCGUCAUUUUGUUGGAUAAAACAUAGAUGUUAUUGAGACAUUUUUAUAGAUUACGUAGAUGGGUAACAAAAUUACAGGACAAAUACUAAAAUACUAUCCUCCUCAAGUAAAUCAAUGUAUCUGCAAAUCCUCCCUUCAUACGUAAAAUUUGGAA